AGUCUGGGGGAUACUGGGCAGUGCGCGGCGUCCGGCCCAGCUUCUUUCAAAAUGUCUACUGUUCACGAAAUUCUGUGCAAGCUCAGCUUGGAGGGUGAUCACUCCACACCCGCAAGUGCGUACGGGUCAGUCAAAGCGUACACCAACUUUGACGCUGAGCGGGAUGCUCUGAACAUCGAAACGGCCAUCAAGACCAAAGGUGUGGAUGAGGUCACCAUCGUCAACAUUUUGACCAACCGCAGCAAUGAACAGAGACAGGACAUUGCCUUUGCCUACCAGAGAAGGACCAAAAAGGAGCUUGCAUCGGCGCUGAAGUCGGCCUUGUCCGGCCACCUGGAGACAGUGAUUUUGGGCCUAUUGAAAACACCUGCUCAGUAUGACGCUUCCGAGCUAAAAGCCUCCAUGAAGGGUCUGGGGACUGAUGAGGACUCCCUCAUUGAGAUCAUCUGCUCAAGGACCAACCAGGAGCUGCAGGAAAUCAACAGAGUCUACAAGGAAAUGUACAAGACUGAGCUGGAGAAGGACAUUAUUUCCGACACAUCUGGUGACUUCCGCAAGCUGAUGGUUGCCCUCGCCAAGGGUAGAAGAGCAGAGGAUGGCUCUGUCAUUGAUUACGAGCUGAUUGACCAAGAUGCCCGGGACCUCUAUGAUGCUGUGAAGAGGAAAGGAACUGAUGUUCCCAAGUGGAUCAGCAUCAUGACCGAGCGGAGCGUGUGCCACCUCCAGAAAGUAUUUGAAAGGUACAAGAGCUACAGCCCCUACGACAUGCUGGAGAGCAUCAAGAAGGAGGUGAAAGGAGACCUGGAGAACGCCUUCCUGAACCUGGUCCAGUGCAUUCAGAACAAGCCCCUGUAUUUUGCUGACCGGCUGUACGACUCCAUGAAGGGCAAGGGCACUCGCGAUAAGGUCCUGAUUAGAAUCAUGGUCUCCCGCAGUGAAGUGGACAUGCUGAAAAUUAGAUCUGAAUUCAAGAGGAAGUACGGCAAGUCCCUGUAUAACUACAUCCAGCAAGACACCAAGGGCGACUACCAGAAAGCGCUGCUGUACCUGUGCGGUGGGGAUGACUGAAGCCUGCGACGGCCCGCGCACCCGGGAGGGACGCUCCCACGCUCCCCGCUAACAGUUCUACCCAGUCAGCUUGCGACUAACAGCCCCCUCGUGCCCACCCCUGGGAGGACGACGUCAGCGUUGCCCGCCCACCCUCCCCAGCCUGAUUUUAGUUGCCUGAGCAUUACCUGGCUAUCCCAUCUAGUCUCUCAUUUUAGCCAAAGAAGUGAACAUUCCAAAGAGUUGGAAGUGAAAUCUAUGAUGUGAAACACGUUGCUUCUUGUGUACUGUGCCAUAAACAGAUGAAUAAACUGAAUUUUUACUUUAGGAACAAGUA